AUGAAGCAAGUAGAAUGUCAUAAAUCGAAGUACAUGCAGCCGCUUCCCGACGGCAGGAACUCGCCUGACGUGUAUUGGAACCAUCAGCAGAAGAAGAGUCAGUAUCCUCCUCAUGGCAGGGGUAGCAGGAGCCCCGAAGCCCUGGCGAGCUACUCCUUUUUGACUGCUUACAAGCCACCGAGGACUCACGCGUGUUCCGGUCAAGUCUGCCCCAAGUACACGUCUUCCCACGGUCCUGACGUGUCGCGCCACGGUCCCCAGAGUCAUUCCAAACUCCCCAGAGACAAGUACGCCGUUAAUUUCUCGAGGAAAAAUCGCUACGACGAGGAUUCGGGGAACAACGAGAAACGAAAUUACUUCGAGGAGGAAUUGGGGAACUUCACCGAGGACGCUGAAGAAGACGUGGAGGGAGAAGCUACAGAGGACGAAGCAGGCGAAUUCUUGGCCAAGGACUACGACGAGCAGGAGGCUGACGAUGAGGUAGACGAGGAAUCCGACGCGCCGCAGACCUACAGAGCCAAGAGAGGUAAGAAGGAGGCGUUGCUGAGGCUACAACGAUGGAGACACUCUGAACAGCAGCAGGACCCCCGAAGACACUGCCAUCAGCAGUGCGUAUCGGCUCAAGGCCAAGGACAUUCCUCAUCUCCCAGGUACUACCACAACGUCGCAGAGCACGACGUCUCCCCGGCCCCGUCAGAAGAAGACUUCGUCCCGACGUCCCUGAAGAGUCCUACGAGACGAUCAGCCGCGGACUAUCAUCAGUGGACGCCUCCCUCGAGAGGCGAGUCUGAUCGCUACGAUGGCUUAGCAAUGCCAAUCCAGCCUCGACGAGCCCGCACAAAACCAGAAAUGGACCGCCUGAUAGAGUCCGAGUUGGGCAAACUCAAGAAGUGCAAUCGCUGUGGUAGCCUGUCGAAUAAGAAGAGCGAGCCUCCUAAGAACAACUGCAGGUUCGAUGACCGCUCGAACUUUCCUGCCAAGGGACCAAUCGGCGACGAGCCCGACAUCCACGAUCAGGCGUACUACGGCCGAAGCAGCCUCAGGCACUCAUCGAAGGACCCUAACGACGUCUCCUCGAGCCCCUACUCGAGUAAACAGCGCAGAUCGAGGGAAGUCAAUUCCCCACCGAUCUACGAAGUCGCCGAGCAUAACCAGCUCGACCACCUCUCGAACGAUUACUCGAGGUCCUCGUCGAGGUACCACAGGAAAGCUGCGGACGUGUUCCCAGAGAAGAUGAAACGUUCCGUGCACACGUCCCACGAUAUUCCGCGCGGGACUCGUUACGAGGAAUAACACCUGGAUUCUCCCAAACUAGAGUCUCGAAUACAUCAAACCACGUCCGGCAACCUGUGAUGUCGUGCAAGCGCCGAAGACCUGGAAGCAUUGAAAAUUCACGUGAAAGUCUUUCGUCUCUAAUUCCGCUUAGGGUCCUAGGGUCCUAGUAAGGCCGUGUUUGGGCCCAUUUUCAUUGGAAGAACCCGACCAGUCCGAGCAGUCGAUCCUAACCUCAAAAGAUGCUCGUCCAGCGCGACGAGUUAUCCUGCGAUCUUUCGAGGUAUUCCUGCGCUAGCUCGCGUGGGAUGUAGUUACGAGUUUGUAUCCGAUCGAAUGCGUUUGAAGGCACCCCU